UUCACCAUUAAUAAUGGCUUAUAAGCUUUUUGCGCUUUCCCUCUCCUUCUGUUUUCUUCUCUUUGGUGGCUGCUUUGCUAUCCGACAGCAGUCGCAGCAACAAAACGAGUGCCAGCUUGAACGCCUUAAUGCACUUAAACCAGAUAACCGCAUAGAGUCUGAAGCUGGCUACAUUGAGACAUGGAACCCCACCAACAACCAAUUCCGGUGUGCCGGUGUGGCCUUAUCUCGCUGCACCCUCCGCCGCAAUGGCCUUAAAAGACCCUCUUACUCCAAUGCUCCCCAGGAAAUUUUCAUCCAACAAGGUAGUGGAAUAUUUGGCAUGAUAUUUCCAGGUUGUCCUGAGACUGUUGAAGAGCCAUUUGAAUCUGAUCAACAGGGGCGCCGAGACAGGCACCAGAAGGUGAACCGGUUCAGGGAAGGUGAUGUGAUCGCAGUGCCUCCAGGUGUUGUUUUCUGGAUGUACAAUGAGGAAGAAACUCCUGUUAUUGCUGUUUCUCUUAUUGACACAGGCAGCUACCUCAACCAGCUUGAUCAGAUGCCUAGGAGAUUCUAUCUUUCUGGGAAUCAAGAGCAAGAGUUCCUACAAUACCAGCGACAGGAGGUGAGAGGAAGGGAAGAAGAGAACCAAGGUGGAAACAUUUUCAGCGGCUUCGGUGGAGAAUUCUUGGAAGAUGCCUUGAACAUCGACAGGAACAUAGUUCACAAGCUCCAAGGAAGGGACGAAGAGCAGGACAAGGGAGCCAUUGUUAGAGUCAAAGGAGGCCUCAGCGUCAUAACCCCACCAGAGAGGCAAUCACAUCGCCGAGGCAGCGAAGAAGAGGAAGAUGAGGAGGAGGACCGCCCAAGCCGCCACCAAAGCAGAGGUGGAAGCAGGAGAAAUGGCCUUGAGGAAACCAUCUGCACCGUGAGACUCCGCAUGAACAUUGGCAAAUCCUCCUCCCCUGACAUCUUUAACCCUCAAGCUGGUCGCAUCAAAACAGCCACCGGCUUUGACUUCCCAGCUCUUAGGUUCCUCAAACUCAGCGCUGAGCAUGGUUCUCUCAACAGGAAUGCUAUGGUGGUGCCUCACUACAAUCUGAACGCAAACAGCAUAAUCUACGCAUUGAGGGGAAGGGCGUGGAUACAAGUGGUGAAUUGCAAAGGAAACAGAAUCUUCGAUGGGGAGCUUGAAGAGGGUCAGGUGCUGAUUGUGCCACAAAACUUUGUUGUGGCUGCAAGAUCCAUGAGUGACAAGUUCAAUUACGUGGCGUUCAAGACCAAUGACAUGCCCACGAUGGCCAAGCUUGCAGGUGCAACCUCUGAGAUUCAGGCGAUGCCAUUGGAGGUGAUCCAGAAUGCAUUCAACCUGGAGAGGGAGCAGGCGAAGCAGGUGAAGUUCAACAACAGGUUCAACUUUCUUGUUCCACCCCGUGAGCAGUCUCAGAGGAGAGCCUCUGCUUAGAAUCUAA